UUGAUUCAUCGAUCAGAAGCAGCCAAUCAACCUAAAAAAGACCAGGCGAUUCGCCAUGCAAUAAUCGCACUCGAUAUAGUGAAACGUCCCCCUUCUUCGAACAAAGCGACCGUAAAAAAUAAUAAUUACCUACAAAGUGCACUUAUUUCGAAUUUGUGCUGGUAAGGGAAUAAGAAAGAUAUCGAAUCUCCAAGUAGUCCGAUUACCAGCAGAAUGUUGGAUUGGCUUCGUCGCUUUACAUUGGGAACAUCACUUGGAUGUGAUUAGUUGGAUGUGACGGAUCGUGGUGCUCGAAUUUUUCGAAACAGUAUCCGAAAAUCGUGUUUAGUGAAGCCUUUUUGAAAAGAUGAGGAACAGUCAGCUGCUAUGGCACAGUGCGCUGUUGCUUCUUGGAUACCUCACUUUGGCUUCCCUACAAGUCUACGAUGAUAUGAGCGACUUGAGAGGAAGCUACUGUGAGUACAUUGGGUGUUGCCAGAACAGGAAGGAUACCUGCUCCAAACCCAUCAUAGGUUUGGAAGUAGGCACUUUAUGCUACUGUGAUGACUUUUGCAACCGCACCGACGUGCAUGACUGCUGUCCAGACUACUGGUCAGUCUGUUGGGGCCUGGAAAUCACCACUCCACUGCCGCCUCCCACCACUCGGAGGCCUCCAGAACAAAUCACCUCCUGUACCUUUAAGAAUCGCGUCUACUUCGUCAACCAAACCACCAGGGACAACUGCAAGAACUGCCGCUGCGUCCCCACUGGAGUCCAGAAGGUGGAAAUGAUGUGCGAUCCAGACGUUUGUCUGAUCGACGAUGAAAUCCUCUAUGCAGUCAACGCAGAGUCGCACGGCUGGACCGCCUCCAACUACUCGAAGUUCUGGGGCGAGACUCUGGAACGGGGCGUCAAAUACAGACUGGGAACAUUGCAGCCCAAAAAGGACGUGAUUCGCAUGAAUCCAGUCAAACGCUACUACGAUCCAGCUAUGCUUCCCACACACUUUGACAGUGCAUCAGAAUGGCCCAGGUAUGUCACGGGCAUUCAGGAUCAGGAAUGGUGUGGAUCUUCAUGGGCCAUUUCAACUGCUGCUGUUGCUUCAGAUCG